UUGUUGGUUUUGUUUAAAUUGAAAUACCAUGGCUGGUUGUAGUGAAAGCCAAACCGAAGAUUUACAAAAUGAAUCCCAAACAUUCAAGACACCUGUAUCAACUCUGCAGGAAUAUUGCCAAAAACUUAGCAAGACCCCUCAAUACGACCUCACAGCAUUAGAAGGGAGGGCCCACCAACCACAGUUCGUGUACAGAUGCAUGGUGGGUGAUGUAACGGCCACAGGGCAAGGGGGAAGCAAGAAGAUUGCAAAACAUGCUGCGGCCGAAGCAGUUUUGAAAACGCUGACAAACGGUUUGGUUGAACCUGAGUCUUUCCCUGAUGUGAUGGAAACAUCGGCUGUUGAAUAUGGGAGAGACGUUGAUGAUACAAACCCUGUUGGCUCGCUGCAGGAGUUGGUAGUAGCUCGUGGUUGGAGGUUGCCCGAAUAUGCGUUGGCGCAUGAAACAGGACCCGCACAUAAGAAAGAGUUUAUUAUUUGCUGUACCGUGGAAUCUUUUAAAGAAUACGGGUCAGGCUCGGCAAAGAAACACGCAAAGCGACUUGCAGCAGCGAAUAUGUUCACCAAGAUCAUGAACUUACCACCUGAAGCCAAGGAAACAGUGACCAACCAAAGCAGGGAGGCCAAAAACAAGAUCGGUUUGAACGAAAUCUGUAAUUCUGUCGGUGAAAAACAAAAUUUCUUCCACGUUCGUUUCGCAAAUUGCGACCAAAAUCCUUGCCAGGUUCUCGAAGAACUCGCCAACAAACAUAGUUUCGAUGCCGUUUACAAAGACAUUGAACAAACUACAGUAAACGGUGAUCGUCAAUGUUUGCUUGAGGUUUCCACACAACCACCUUGUGUGCUACAUGGAAGGGGGAAGUCCCUAAACCAAUCCCACUCUGAUGCCGCAGUAAAUGCAUUGGAAUAUUUGACCAUAUUUGGCAAUGAAGAAAAUUAUGAACCAACCUCAUUGUUACAUCACACAUCAUGGAAUAGUUCAUUGUUUACUCAACAAAUCACUUUAUGAAACUUCUUUGUUUUUAAAAUUCAAAAUAUUUUAAUUUUUCCCGCGCAACCUGGUUAGUUUUAUGCAUAUUUUUUCGAAGUAUUUUCCUUGUACAUCAAAUCCAAAUGCAUGACAUUUGUUUACUUAGUUUUAUAUUUAAUUAACUUGCAUGUCCAGUUCAUAAGUGUGAUGUAAGAUUUUGAAACAGGAGUGAAAAUGUGACAUCAUGUUUUCAAAUCCCAUAUUAAUCAAUGAGGUUCCCUAUGUUUGUCAACUUUGAGUGUAACUGUGUUCUAACAGAUUUUGUCAAUCAUUUUUUUUGUUCAACAUUCUAAACACAUGACACCUAUUCUCCAUGUUUCAG